CAUAGUAAACUUUGCUUAAACUAAUCUAUUUCACAUCUAGUCUUUCAUUGCUUCUUGCUUUUGCUCACUCAAUUUUGUCAAUGAAAGUUUUGUAAAUCUGCAACAAGGUUUCGAGCCCCGGUCCGUGUGAUCUCUUUCUCCUCCUUUGAUCUCGAUGCUUGUCAAGGACUGGAAGAGUUGAAACAUCAAUCCUGUUCUGGCAUAAAUGGAAAAAGGAAAGGUAUGUCUACCAUUAGAGGAAGAAAGAAGAAGAAUUAGUGAUCUAAUUGAUGAUUUCUUGAAUGGGUUGAAGAAAAUACAGAAUGAAGAACAAAAAUUCAUCGCUUCAAAAUUGGAUUUGAUUGAAAAGCUAAGAUUGGAACUGAGAUUCCUAAGAACAUUUGUCCUGUUUGGGAAUUCGACGAAUUUGGAUGACUUUUAUAGGAGGAUGUCACUGAAUAUAAGCAAAUUGGAUACACUUAUUUGGUCACUUUUCUAUGAAGAAGAAGAUAAAUUAAUCCUAGCGAAAUACAACAUGGAUAGACUUGCGCCUUACCUGAUCAAAGAAACAGCAAGUAUUGUUUUGAGAUUGAAGAAUGUAGCCAUCAUCAUGACUGAGGAGAAUAUGUUUGAAUAUAGAAAGAGCAUCCUCAAGCACCUUCAUGAUCUACCAAAGUAUUGUUCUGAUUUGCUUCAACCCCUCAUGAGUGAAUACAACAUUCUUCGGCAAGUAUGCACACAUCUCAGAGAUUUCUAUCAGUUGGAAUGCAACAAAACAACAAAAACAGAAUUUCUCUAUACUCGGUAUCAAGUGACAGUUGAUAGAGUAUCACAAUUCUGUUUUGAUCUUUGGACAGAAAAGUAUAAAGACUUUGACAAUGAGUAUGACUUCUCUGAAUGCUCUUCCAAGAUCACUUCUCUACUCAUCGACAUAAUCCCUCUCGAGCUGGAGGUUCUAUACAUUUCUACUUCUAAGCUCAUCAAAGAAUCAACAUCAACUCAACUAAAACGGUUUGUUAAGCAAAUCCUAAAAGCAUCUCCAAGGAUUCUUCAUAAUUAUCUCAUUCAUCUCCAACGACGAAUGGAAGUUGCAGUAGCUGUAAAUUACGCUCCAACUCAAAGCAUUAAUGUUAUGAUGGAGUUCCUAUUGAUCUUUCUCACUGAUAUACCAAAACGGUUUAUCCAUCGUAAAAAAUUGAACGAUAUGUUGGCACAUGCUGGAGUGCUCACAAGAAAAAUAUCUGUUCUGGUGAGCAAGCUGUUGGAGGAGAUCUCUGAGAAUAAUAUCAAUGAAGCGGACUUUUCAGCUCCAGACUUUUUUCAAGAAAUUGAACAAAUGAAGGGAGAUAUCAGACAGAUUUUUUUAAAAGCUCCCGAGUCAUCUCAACUUCGUUUUCCUAUGGAUGAUGGUUUCCUCUUCAUGAAUCUUCUACUCAGACAUUUAAAGGAUUUGCUCAUUUCCAAUGCUUAUUCAGUUUCUCUCAUAAAGAGAGAAAUUGGGAUGGUGAAACAAAGCCUCGAAUUCCUAACAUCAUCUUUCAGGCAAACAUUGGAUGAGAGUACUAGUGGAGUAGUUAAAGAUUGUUGGUUGCACGCUUUAGGUGUGGCAUAUGAGGCAGAGCAUGUCAUUAAUUCCAUUCUUGUCAGAGAUAAAGCUCUCUCGCAUUUAAUCUUCUCACUUCCGAAUGUCACUGAUAAGAUCAAGCUUAUUGUGGCACAAGUCACCGGUUUACAGCUGGAGGAUAAGAAUGGGGAUGAAACCCUUGAUGCAAAAUCUUCCAACGAGCCAAUUAAGCAAGCCUCAUCAUCUUUUGUAGAGGUUGUAGUAGGUCAUGAGGAAGACGAAGCCUGGAUCAUAGGCCAGCUCCUUGAUGAACAUGAAUCCAAGCUUGAUGUCAUUUCCAUUGUUGGAAUGCCAGGAGUCGGUAAAACUACUCUUGCCAAUAAAGUGUAUAACAAUACAUUAGUUGCAAGUCAUUUCCAUGUUCGUGCUAAGUGCACUGUUUCCCAAAACUUUAACAAGUCAAAGGUGUUGCGGGAGAUUCUUCAGCAAGUUACUGCCUCGGAGACAAACGGAAGUGAGGAUGACCUUGCUGAAAAGCUACGAGUAGCACUACUCGAUAAAAGGUACCUCAUCGUCUUGGACAAUCUGGAUUCCUUUAUUUCUACCAACAUCAAUUUGGUUAUGCAGUUAAGUUAUGACCAUUUACCAUGCCACCUGAAGCCGUUGCUGCUUUACUUUGCAACAACUCAAAAGAGCCAACGAACUCCAGUCUCUACAUUGAUGCAGAUGUGGAUGGCCGAAGGGUUAGUGGAUCAUGAUAGUUUAGAGGAAACAACUCAAAGUUACUUGGAUGCUUUGAUUUCCAGUAGCCUGAUAAUGGUGGAUCAUAUCCCCUCCUGGAGUAAAUGGUGGGCGUCUGUAAUGAUCAAGGUUUGCUAUAUGCAUGAUGUUGUGCACGAUUUUUGCUCACUCAAAGCGAAAAAGGAAAGGUUUUUCAAGUUAAUCAAUUCAGGUGAUCCAUUUCAUGCUUCUGAUUUGCUACACCGUCGUUUAACGGUUUAUACUGACGAUGACAGGCAACUCCAGAAAAAAUUUGUUUUGUUCAAUUCUAAUAAGUGUUUAGGUGGUUGUAAGCAUCUUAUAUCUUUGAAAGUGAGUGGUUCUCUUGAUAACUACAAGUACACAAGACACUUGAGACUUGUUAGAGUGUUGCAACUGGAUGGCAUUGUUCUGGAAGACUCUUUAAUGGACGACAUAGGCUUCCUAUUUCAUUUGAGGUUCUUAAGCAUUCGUUCUAAUAUGGAAGCCAUCCCAGAGUCGUGGGUGAACCUCCAGAAUCUGGAAACCCUGUUGAUCAAUACAGAAAAUACCAUUGUUUUACUGCCAAGAUUAUUCAAACUGUCAAAGCUGAAACAUGUGAGCAUUGACAAGAGUUCUUUCUUUGAUGAAGAGGAAGAGGACAAUAUUAGACUAUUGGAAGGUGAGAAUUCAAAGCUAAAAACUUUAUCCAAAGUUGAUAUCUCAUAUUCCCAAGGCACGAAUGAUGCUCUAGAGAAGUUCCCAAAUCUUGAGCACCUUGAUUGCACCAUCAUGGUACCCGAGUGUCCUCCUACACACGGCGAUUGGUUUCCCAAGUUUGAUAUCCUUAAUAAACUUCAAUCGCUCAUUGCAGAAUACAUCAUCGAAUGGAAUUAUCAUGUUUAUCCCAUUGAAUAUCACUUCCCUACAAGCUUGAAAGAGUUGCGGUUGUUUGAUAUUCCCAUGAGACCUGCUUUGUUGUCAGCAAUUGUGGCAUUGCCUCAACUUGAAAUUCUGGAGAUUAACUACUGUGAGUUCGUGGAUUAUAAGUGGGAUGCAAGUGAGGACAUCUAUCAAAGUCUUAAGACUUUGCGUUUGGCAUGUCCCGAAUUAUUAGAAUGGGAAGUUUAUAGGGAAACUUUUCCCAAGCUUGAGGAAUUAAUACUAGAGAACUGUUUCAUGCUUACGGAGAUCCCUUAUGCAUUUGGCGAUAUAGACACUUUAAAAUCCAUUCACGUGGUUCAAAGUGAGCUUGAGCUUGGAGAUUCAGCCAUGAAGAUAAAGAAAGAUGUAAUAGAUUUCACAGGAGAGGACAGACUUCAUGUCCAUAUAUCAUAGUGCAUUUUUAGGUAAUGGAGAAGAGUUAAUGCUUGGAAAAUUUAGACAAUGCUGAUUUGAACUUGGUUUCGAGAUCGAAGGAGAUUAUUGAAUAAUGUCAUCAUCCUGUUUAUGGCAAAGCCACGAGAGGCUGCAGUGGCCCUUGCUUGGUGGAGUUAGUUAAGAAAUUAAGUUACGUUUUUACUAUCAAUUAUAUCUUUUGGCAAGAUAGACCAAACUCUUCUUUCUCAUUUGCUUUUUUAUUUUGUCUACAAUGUAAUAGUUUAAUUACAGGAUGUCCCUGAAUAUAAAAAAGUCACUUUUAUUACCAUAUUGAUCUGUUUUUUGGUUGA